AUUAUAGCUGAAAUUUUCUGUGUAAAAAGUUUGAUUGUCUAUAGACAUAUACGCAAGUCUUCGUUGGAUUUACGUACUCCCGCCUUUUUGGUCUUGAUCAUAGUUUUCUUUCUUCUUGACCAAACUACGGCGACUAACGGAUUACAGACUACAUUUUUACACUAUUGAGAGUAAAAAAUGGAUGGUCCAAACCCUGAAGAGGAAAUCGAAGAAUUCGAUCCUAACGAUUAUCAAUCAUUUGAUUUAAUUAUUGACCAUAACUCUGAAAAGGAUGAUAACAUCAAAUUUUACCUAAAUGAGAAUCAGUUAUUUGACAAUGAAUCGUUCAAACAAAAUAUUUUACUCGAUGCUACAGAUGAUGAAAAAGACACUAAUAAUAAUGCAGAUUUAUAUACGUCAGACUUUGAGGAACUAGACUCCGAAAGUAUUAUUGGUUCAGCGUACUAUGAAAAAAUAAAUGAUGAUAAUGAUAAAACAGUAGUUGAAAAUACUUUCAUCGUUGGUUGUAACGAAAAUGAAGUUGAAGAUUCAGCAAACUCCGAUGAAACUUGCAAAUAUCUCAACUCAGAGCAAGACCGUCUUCAUGAGCACAGUAAUGAUUCGUCACAAAUAAAUAAUUGGAAUGUAGAAUCUUGCAAUAAUUCACCAGAAAUUUGCAGAGUUAAUGAGCAUUCUAGCUUUAAUUUGAGUGGCAAAUUCAGCCAUCAUUCAAAUGAAAUAUCUAGACUGGACCAAUCAAAGUUAGAAUUAUUUUUAUCAAAUUCAAAUCGAAGUGACUGUUCAGAUGAAGAAAAUGCAGAUGAAUAUUUGACGAAUAUAAAAAGCGAUUUUGCGUUACCUCCAAUCAAAAAAAGAAAAUUUGAACGGGCAUCAAUGAUACCUGAAGAUGAUCCGAAUUCCUCGGGAUCUGAAUACCAACCAUCCAAUGAAGAUUACUUAGAUGACUCAGAUAGUGACUUGACCGACUUUAAUGCAGAAUUUGAAAAAUCGAAGAAAUCCCAUAAGACGGAACGUCUUACGAAAAGAAAAGUAGUUUCAAAAGUCAAUAACUCAAGGGUUCAUAAACCAAUAUCAUUUGAAUCAAAUGAAUUAAAUUCAGAUGUGGAUGUACCGUCAAAAAUAGAGGCUCCUCAUACCGAAACAAAAAAACCUGCAAAGCGAAAAAAAUUUUUAUUUGAACUAUAUUCUACCACAAACCGAGUAUCUGAGAAAGAAAAAGAAAUAAAUAUAAAUAAUUGUGAACCAACUACGACUGAUUUACCUCAAACUAAUUCUGAAUAUAAAGAAAAAGAAAAUGAAGAACAAAAUGAUCAAAAUGAAAGUAAUAGAGGAUGUGAAACAUCUACAGUUAAUUUUCGUUCAUCUACAUUUGUCGAAAACACAACAAAUGUUCCGCCACCUAACAAGAAUGUUAAUUCAUUAAAGCGUAAACGCAACACCAUCGAAGACUUAGAUUUUCCUACACAAACAAUAGGUUUUUCCGAUGAAGGUGGAACUUUUUAUUACAAACUAAAUUGCUGUUGUUUUUGUCAUAGCCUAGAAUUGAGAGUGGAUCGACAUUAUAAAACCCACCACCCUGAAGAGCAAGAAGUGCAAUUUUUAAUUCAUUGCAAAUCCGCUGCAGAAAGAAGAGUUAAGUAUAAAGAGCUGCGUUUACGUGGGAAUGAUUAUUACAAUAAUGACAGAACAAUUAAUCCUAAAGGAAUAAUCAUUUGCUCGCGGAGAAUUUCUCGUCCAAAAAUGAUUGAGAAACAGAAAUUGUUACAAACAGAAUCUCAGAGCAAUGAAGAAGUUUCCACAGAUAAUAUACCUGCAAAGCAAGAGAAUACAAUGAAGAGCUCUAUUACAACUACAACUGAUAUGACUGCAUCUUCAAUAUCAGGAGUAUUCAAAUUGAAAUGCGCUGUUUGUAAUAUAUGGGUUGUACCUCAAAAUUUGCGAAAUCAUUAUAGAUCAGCUCAUUAUACUAUGGGAGAUCGUAAUUCUAAGCAAAUUUUAAAGGAAGCAAAACGUUGCAUGUUAGCCGUGCACCCAAAAACAGACCCACGAGUGAAAGAUCAUAUUUUUGCAAAAAUAAGAGAUCCUGUAGUUUCAGCUUUAGUGAGGCAAGACAUUCUUAUUGUUUUAUUUGCUAACAAAUUCGCAGAUAAAUUUUCGAAUACUAAACAACUUGAUAUGGUCAGAGGUUACGUUCGUCUUAUUGCGAAAUUCAUGUUGGAGAUGAAAAACUUGUGCCCCGAAUUAGAAGAUUUUAAAAUGGUCUUUAGACCUCAAUAUUGGGAUAGUGUUAUUGAAGCCAUGAGAAAAGUUAGUGAUUAUGAUGCAGCAACUCAACGUUUUGGCAUAACAUAUAAUGCUGAAACAUUACCUCUUCUUUUUCGCAAAUGUUUUAAAAUUUUACGACACUUCUUCGUUACUGUCAAAGAUACUGAAAACAUUCAAAAUUUGAAUGAUUUUAUAGCCAUCUUUGACGACGAUAUUCAGAAUGCAAUACUUAUCAAGGCAUACCUCUCAAGAAAAGAAUUGAAUCGUCAUACGAAUGAUAAACCACUGCCACCAUCUAACGACAUAGUUAUCUUCAGAGAAUUCUUGAAUGUACUUAGGGAACAGACCUUAGAUAAAGUAAAGGAAACUAACGUGAUGACCUAUGAACAAUAUUAUAUACUCACAGUGUGCGUUGCAUUGCUCAUCGAAAGUUUCAAUCGUCGACGCAACGGGGAAGUUGCUAGAGUCCUUUUAAAAGAUUUUGAAUCUAUUAAACAAGCAGACGAAAAUUGUGAGUUCUUUAAACAGUUGACUGAGGAAGAGAAGGAGGAACGUUUAGCAUUCUACAGAAUGGAUAUUUUGGGAAAACGAUACGAUGGUAAAGGAUCUUUGUACAUGGAUAAUUUAGAUUAUGAUUGUUUAAAAUUAUUGGUAAAACAUAGGAAGUCAUUUAAUAUUUCUUCGACUAAUGCUUAUUUAUUUGCCAUAAAAAAUGGACGAGAUAAUGUAGAGAGAUAUGUAGAUUUGUACGAUUCAAUGUGCCGGUUCACAAAAAAAUGCAAUGAUGAAUAUAAACCAAUUAAUCACAAAGCAAUACGUGCUACUGCACUGCGUAAGCAUGCAGCCACUGUAAAUGGUGUAAUAGAUGAUGGGAAGAACACUCAAAUGUGUGCAGAGCUCUUAGGACACUCUGAACAAAUGCAGAAAUCAAAAUACAAGAGGGUCGUCGAUAAACAAGAUGUUGCGAAUGUCAAUUUCCUUAAAAGGAUCAACAGCACAAACUACGAAUCACCCAUUAGAAAUAAACAUCAAUCUCAAAAACCCCCGCUACCAUCCCUGGAUAGUUCCAACGAUGAUGUACAGGAAUCAAUCGUUUCAGAUCGUAAAACCGGAGCAUGGGAUCACGACGAGUGCGCUGCUUUUCGUGAAGUAUUCAAGCCACAUUUAUCAUCUCGAAGAACUCCAUCUUCACCAGAAAUUCGACAAGCACGAUCCUCAAACAGAUAUUUAGGUCAAAGAAGUCUGGCGCAGAUAUCUGCUAGAUUUUAUAAUAUCUAUGCUGGUAAAUUAAAAAAGUUUUAAAUUUACCUCAGAUAAAUAAUUAAAGAUUUUAUUUUAAACAUUAUGUUUUUUAAAAACAAUUUAUACGUUUAUGAAUAUAAUAAUCAAAAAGAGAUUUUAAAAGUCUAAACUAUGUAGUACUCCAAAUGAGUAUUAAUUGAUUGUGAUAUAGUCGUACUAAUAUUUAUAAAAUCAUAAAAAAAUUAUGAAACUUUUUUGUUUUAAAAGUGGUACAAGCUAUGUACAAGUAUUACAUUCAAUAUAGAACUUUAAAUAUGUUUUAUUGAAUUGUGAUUUAUAAGGCUAUGCAUGUAUGUAGAAUCAUACAAACAUAAUUUUUUUUUUAAAGUUUAGAAUAUAAGUAUUACAUUGAAUCUACUCUUAAAAAAUUAUAUUAAAAAACAUGCUUAUAAAUAUGUUUAUAAAUAUUGUAAAUGAUCAAAGAGAGAUUUUAUAAUUCUAUAACAAAAGCUAUGUAGUACUUCAAAUGACUGUGAUUUGAUUGUGAUAUAGUCUCACUAAUAUUUAUAAAAUCAUAAGAAAAAAAUUAAACUUUUGUUAUACAAGUUAUGUACAAGUAUUAGAUUUAAUAUGGUACCUUAAAUAACUUAUUUAUUUAUGAUUUAGUAGACUAUGUAUAUGUAGAAUUAUAUGAAAAAAAUAACAUUUUAUUUAUUUAACAGUUGUUUAAAAUUUAAGUAUUACAUUGAAUAAUAUUAAAAAACUUUAGUUCUGAACAAAUCAAUGUAUAUUGUUUUAUUUAUAUAAAAUGCAAAUAAUAUAUAUAAUAAAUGCAAAAUUCAAACAAUUGUUCAUUUACCUUUUUUAUGACUUUUUCCAGAAUUUGUAUAGUUAGCAAGGCAGUGUACUAUCUAACAACCAGUGAUUUAUUUAACACCCAGUACACAUUGAAACUUGUGGCUUUCUGUGAGCCGCGAAAGCGAACUCCGUUUCUUCCUACCAUCCUUCGCAUCACCAACUCCUUGUAUAUCCGCGCAGACGGGCCGUCGCGGCUCUGGGCACCAGGUACCGGAGUUCCAGAGAUCCCACGAUCUCUUUUAUUAAUAACUUCGACGCGAGUAAGGAUUGGGGCAAAGCUAUUGAGCUCGGCUAACUCAAGAGGAGAAAAUCUAAUGAGAUGGGGAUUAGGGUCGAGGCCUCGCAAUGCUUGAAUUACUCUUUACUUGAUUUCAUUUGUUAAUUAACAAUGUCUCUUAAUUUUCACAAUAAAGUGGCCCUGCUACUCGCGAAACCCCUGCGCAGGGCCCCCUUGACGGGGCUUGCCAACGCUCGCGCGCUAUCACGAGUAGACGGACGAGGUCGCCGCUAUUUCGCAUCCGGCCCUGCAAGUCUCAUGAGUCUCCGGUUUCUUCAUUUUGAUCGAGAAUCCUCCUCGCUCCCAUCGGACGAUCGACGCCGCCACCACGUUCGUCAACGCAAUGUCCGCCAACUCGCCAUGCAGACGAGAGGACCGCCUUGCCCUUCCAUGUACCUAUAUGCCGGGAGCACGUCGCGUCCGUCUCUUUUUGCUCUCGUGAGUCCUAGGAUUCCUAAAAUCCAACUGCAUUCGUUAAUUCUAUCUACCGAGGUUCGCGCGCUUACCCUCGUUCUCUAGCGUGCCGGUCACAACUACUGCGUGAUCCCGUCACGACUACUGCGGUAAACGCCACACUACCUACUAUGCCGGAUUGCUACGUGCGACCUAACGCCGCCAUUCUUUAUAAUAUAAUUUUAAUUAGCCCCACUGAAACUGAAUCUAAUUUCAUAAUCGAUUAAUAAUUAAUAAUUAUUAAUCGAGCUUAUUCAUAAUAAAAUCUUAAACUAUGAAAUAAACUUACGUUUGCUAUUUAGGGUAUAAUUACGGGAGCUGACGGACAUAACAAUAUUUCGGAACGAGUGUAGUAAUUAGAAUGCAAUAUGGGAGAGGCUACGGUAACUGGAGGAUACGAUAGAACAAGAUUGCGAUAGUUGGGAUAACAAUAACGAGAGAAUACGAUAAUUGUAGUUACGGAAGCGAUAAAGUACGAUAGUUGUGACGACGAUAAAGGGAGGUUUAUGUUAGUCGGGGAUACGGUCGCGAGAGACUAAUGAUAGCCAGUAUAGUGGUAAUGAGUACGAUAAUUAAGAGAUUAGGGUGGCAAGAGGGUUCGAUAGUUGGGGUUAGCGGUAGCUGGGGAUUACGAUAGUUGUGGUUAGCGACAGUUGGGGGGUCAACGAUAUUUGGAAUUAACGGUAUUUACUGUAAUUGUCGAUUAACGGUAAUUGCGAUAGCUGGGAUUAGGGUAAUUACGAAACAGGAUUGCAAUAACUGAGGAUUACAGUAAUUACGAUAGUUAAGGAUUAGUGAUAACGAGAGUGAAUUUGGUAUACAAGUCUAUUCGCGAGACGUCACAGUACUCGUCCAGCCGCUCUUAUGCGACCUAAUAUUAAUACUCGCGAAUGCCAACGCACGGCAUACAUUUCACCCGAGACACAUCCGCUCGCGAAAAUAUACAAAAAGACUUAUAAAUAGCUAUAUUGUUCGGUGUGAAGUCUGAGGCGACAAUGGCACCCUACUAAACUUACGUGAUUAAAUACGUGAUCAAUCACGUGUUAAAUGACGUGAUAUUAUCGUUAAAUUAUUUACGUGAUUAAUCACGCAACUAAUCACGUUACUUACUUACAAUAAUUUUACUAAAUAAAAUUAUUAAAAACGCUAAAUAGACUGAACAAUUCUUGAGGGUGCUGCUGUAAAUGGGGUGUGCAGCAACUGUAUGGUCAGUUUUGCACGGUAGCUCUCCCAAUUUUUGUAGCGCGGCGUGACUGUCGACUUAUAAAAGUUUACGCACUCACGAAAUUUGUUAGUUGCUGUCCCGCGUAUUUAGUGCAGCAGCAGCAUCAUGCCGGGACAGCUGCUGUACAAUUUUUGCGCAGCUGUUGUACAAAAACUUAUCGUCGAUGAGAAAAUCACUUUUGCACGGCAUUUAUGCAUCACUGUAUAGCAGCUCCCUCAAGAAUUUCUGUGUGUGUAAGUAGAAUGCCCUAUUUAGCUGAUACCACCCGGAUGGUAACACCUAAAUUGGGCAUCCUACUUUAGAAUUGUGAAUGGUUGAUUGUGAAAUCACAAUAUUGAAUUGUUAACUAUGAGAUGACAAACAGAAUAGACUAUUGUAUAAGGUUUCUUGCCCAAAUCUAACAUUUUUCUCUUAUCGUAAAUUAGGAGAUCAAAGACCAAAUCGAAUGAUGUACGUCAAUCACCAUGCCUAAAAUGUAAUCGUGAAAAUGGUUAUAUCAGGCCGUAAAAAACUAAAUGAGCACUAUACAUAUCUGGUUGUUGAUCUUACAUAGAUUUUCAAUUAAAUUAAAUCAAAAUGGUCAAUUAUAUAUCUUCUUGGUCUUUGCAAGGUUAGGAUAACAGAACAUAAGUUUAGCUAUAAACAUUCAGUAAUCUUUUGUUCUGUUAAUCGGCAGAUGAAAAUCAUAUUAGAACAGUGUAUAAUACACAUAGCCAAAAAUAAUAUCAGUAAUGUUACAAAUUAUGAGAUGAAAAACAAAACAAUACUGUAUGUCUGCUUUUUUAAUCACCUUGUUACUAAGAUUACUGGAAUCGUUGUCGCUAGGUACGUAUACACGGCUCCGAUAAGUUUCUCAUUUGCCAAAUAUUUAAAGAGAAGCUUAUUAAAUGCAGGCGAUUUAGAGGUAUGCCCUGUUAUAUUGCUAUUGUGAUAACCCAGUUAAUGAUUAUUUGUACUAGUUAAUGAUCCUCUGUACUCUUACACGGUUCUACAUUGCUGUAAAUUACCUAGUGACCUUCACUGCCAAUACGUUUCAUGCAAUUGAUAUCAAAUACGACGUAUGGGUUGGCCUUUAAUCACCUAGUUUACUGUAAGAAAACAAUAUCGACUUUAGGCUAGAAGCCCCAUACAGUGACCGGUUUCGUUUUUUAUCUCGCGGUUGAUUGUGAAAUAACAAUAUCAAAUUGUUAACUACGAGUUGACAAAAAUAGGAAACUGUAUGAGUUUUUUUGCCUAAAUUCAACAUUCUUCUCUUAUCGUCAAUUUGGAAAUCACAUACCAAACUGUACGGUGUACGUUAAAUACUGCCUAAAAUCUUAUCAUGAAAACGACGCUUGUUUACGACUUCCGGAAAAUCUCUCUGUCGAGUACAUAACUAAAAGAGAAAAAUUCAUUGUUUUUCUGCCGAUCAGUGGCGGUGGACAGGUGAAGUAACUGAGACUCGUUUGCAGCUGUGGUAGUUUAGUUUAUAGCGAGAAGUUAUAUACCUUCGUCUCCUAUACAUUGUACCGUAGCAAGCCACUGCACGUUACAAGCGAGUGUGCGAUCGCGGCGCCCUUUUGGGGGCGAUAAAGGAAGUUUUUUUAUCUCUCCCGUACGGUUGCAGCGAUAAGAUGCCGAAAGAUACUUUUGCGUACCAUAAGCCGGAGAAUCCUUAUCGCCAUAAUUACGUGCUACUGGGCUGCUGCUUUAGGCCAGGCAAAUGAGACGGUUAUUGUGCGCGCACUGUGUAUCCGCGGCUUUCGUGGUGAUCAAAAGGCUGUCAAGCAUAACGGCCUGUUGCCGUGAGCAAAAAAAAGAAUGACGUUAAGUUACUGAAUUGAAUAUUUAGGUUGAUUGCGGCCGGUUUAGUAUCUCUCGUAUUUGAAUCUAUCGUCACCUCAUCUCUCCUUAUGAAAUGCUCUUAUUACUUGAUACCCACGUAUCUACAUUUCUUGUAUCUACAGCUGAUCCCGUCUCCUCAGAUCUAGUCGUAAUUAUAUAAUAUUCAUAUUAAGCAAUGAUUACUGUAAGUUUAAGGCAGUAGAUUAAGUAAAUAAUCAUAAUAAUCGAAAAUUAAAGAGUGUGUUAUGUUCGCCCUUGGUUCUUUGGUAAAGUGUGUGCCGGAAGCGUAACGUUAAUAUGUGUUGAACGGAAUAUUCAAGAAUUUGCGUCGGCGUUUAAAACGAAUAGGGAAUUACUAGCACUUCGAUGCCAGGAGAUCUGAUCAUGGCAGCCCACCGCAGCGUAUGGAUUGCGAUUGGGAUUGCGAUAACCCAGAAACACAUCUUACAAACCAGAAGUUUUCCAUAGGUUCCAGUAGGUUUCAACAUUAGUGCGAUGUUCUCGAAUACACAUAAAACAUACGCAUACUUCGGAGAAGGGGGGGUCACGUGCCGAUCACCGGGAGUCGGGGAUCGAUAAAAUUAUUGACGCGCGUAUAGGUCUCGCGCAGCGAGGUUACGAGGAUGCUCGAUGAUAGCCGAAGGGCUGUUCGCGUGCUGUCGGUGCUUGAUGCGUGUAAUGUGUGUGUGUUUCACUGUCACGUGCCGAUCACCGGGAGUCGGGGAUCGAUAAAAUUAUUGACGCGUGCAUAGGUCUCGCGCAGCGAGGUUACGAGGAUGCUCGAUGAUAGCCGAAGGGCUGUUCGCGUGCUGUCGGUGCUUGAUGCGUGUAAUGUGUGUGUGUUUCACUGUCGGUGGGCUCGCGUUAGUAUGCGUUUGAUGUUUGUGAUUCUGAUUUUUUAAUUGUCUUUGAUUUGAUAUACAUAUCGCGUUCGAAUUUGGCGCCUUGAGGGUUGGUUUAGGUCGGCUUACGGGUGGGGUCGCGGCGAUUGCGGAAAGGGAGAGGGUUUUUUUUCCGGGAGACAGGUUCUCCUGGGAAAGACUUCCUUCUUCGAGUAUAGACCUAGAUUGGACGUUAUCGAAAGUAGCUGGAAAAAUAGACAUUUUCGAGUAGCGUUUGAUUCCUGCUCCUAUCGUAGCCAUUUUGAGGAGAGUAUUUGGGAAUAGAGUUUGAUCGUUUGAAGGAUAGAUUUGUUGUAUUGAAAUAAGUGGGUGAGUAAGUUUUGUUAGUUUAUUGGUGAUUGGUACGGAUGUUUUUCUUUGGCGAAACGAAAUAUCGGAUAUCCGUGAAACGAUAGCGCGUAUUUAUGAUUGCGCCAUUUGAACGAUCAAUGAAGGAUUUUCGAAUGAAAUGAUGUUUCAUGAAUCAUAAGUUGAACUUAUGAUUGAUCUCAUCACUAAUUGGUAUAUGAAAGUAGGUUUGUGCCGCGGUUGAUGAUUUAUCAUCCCGAUAAAUUUAUCAUACCAAUUUAACUACAAAUCAGGUUUGUGCCGCGGUUAAUUUUUCGAAUCCCGCAAGGUCAACGAUGAAUUGAGUUGCUAAGAGAGUUAGGUGGUGCCGCUGUUGAUGAAUACAUCCAGCUAUGAUUAUGAAAUUAAAUAAUCACAACAAUUUAUGCUGAAUUUGCGACGCUGCUAACUAAAAGUCCAGCUUAUAUAAUUAUUUAAAUUCAAGAAUAAAAUAGAGUAUGUAAUUUU